CGCGCGCCGCCAAUUGAACCCGCGCUCACCGUCGUCUGCGAUGAGGAUGCGGCUCUGGACGCCGCUUAUCGUCCUCAUAUCCUCAACACUAUCAUGGGCCUUACAUGAGUCUGACGUCGGGGUGAUCGACUGGCACAAGAGCCUCGUCGGUGUCCCCCAAGUGCACACCCCAGGGACGGCGCCGCUCAUGCACAGAGUCAAAGGGAAGACGUCUAAGAGUGUCAUCCUGUCUAUCACGGACAAGAAUGUGCUAGCAGCGCUGGACCCAGUCAGUGGGGGAGUCGCGUGGAGGCAUGUUUUCGACAACUCGGACCCUGUAGUGUCCUACCACAAGUAUGAAGAUGCUGUGGUCGCACUAUCCGGCCCUGGCGCGUCGACCGUACGGAUGUUCGAGUCCUUGACUGGAUUCAUACUCUUCGAGAGGAAGCUAUACGACGACUCGCAAGGCCCUACAUCGGCAUUCGGCACGCAUGUCGCGUUCGCGCCGGAGAUGGCAGAACUAAACGUCUUGACCGGAGGCCACACCGUCACCCGCCUCAAUGGCAAGAGCGGGGGGAAGACGCAAUGGACAUGGAGAUCGGAGGACCAAGGGUCGCUCGUCACCUACCUCCAGCUCGUGAACACCGCAGAGGCCGUAUACGCGAUCGGAGUCGCCAAAGAGUUCGCUUCGUACACCGUCCACUUGACUGCCAUCGAUCCUAUAACCGGCGCUGAGCUUGCUUCUCGUCAUGUCCCCUCCAAUGUUACGGACCCCUCUCAGAUCAUGGCCCUCACCAGCGGCGAUCAACGAGCGGUCGUGUGGCUCGAGAAGGGCCACCUUAAGUCGAUCCCCCUUAUGCCUCAGCUCCUCGCUCGACCCCUGCAAGCAAACGAUGCGGAUGUUGAGGAGCUUCUGGACAUCACUCUGGCCAACCAAGGCAUGCUGGUAUUGAAGAAGACCAACGGCGCGGGUCGUAUCGUCAAGCUCAGUGAGAAAGAGCCAGGCGUCACUGACACGGUCUGGGACUUCGAGGUGCCAUCUGCGCCCGCGCUGUACUCUGGUGGACUCGACAAAGACGGCAAGCCGUACAUUGCGCGGCUGUACUGGUCGAUCACCUUCAAGAAAGUCACCGUCGACGUCUUCACCCCGCACUUCACCCUCGUCACCGGCUUCACCAUCCCCUUCGACACUGACCGCUACGGCAAGGUCGAGCACUUCCACAUGGACGCCGCAGUCCCCGGCGGCUGGACCGUCCUCACCCGCCUCGUACUCACCACCUCCACCGGCGCCGUCCAGUUCUGGCAGCAAGAAGACCUCAAAUGGACGCGGGACGAAGCCCUCGCGCACAUCGCCGCCGCCGAGUCCGUCGAGCUCCCCGAGCGCGUCGCCGCUUCCUCCUCAUCCUCCUCGCCCUCCACCUCCCGCUUGCAACGCCAGAUCCGCGACGCGCGCCAGCUGCCGCAGUACGUGUACCGCUUCGCCAAGCGCUUCGCGACAGGCGCAUACGCGUCAGCGACGUCGCCCGCGUCUGAGGUUGGCGUAUUUCGGGAUGCGUUUGGCUUUAGGCAGGUUAUCGUGGCGGCUACGGCGAGGGGCGUAGUGUAUGGGCUGGACUCGAGCAAUGGGGCAGUGCUUUGGAGUCGGCUGUAUGAGGAUAAGGAUGGGGUGGUGACGCCUGUGAAGGUGUUUACUUUGCGGACGGUCAGCGACGGCGAGACCCCUCAGGUUGUUGUGGUUGCGCAGAGGAAGACCCCCCAGGGUCAGACGCACACCGUGUUGUACCAUCUGGAUGCUCUGACUGGCAAGGAUAUGCGGCGCAAAUUCGACAAAGGUGAACCGUUGCUUGGCUUCGUCGCUGUGAAGAAGCCCUUGGCGGACGCCUUCCUCCUCGACGCGGAGACGAGGGUUGUUGUCCUUGUUGACGAGUCUCUCGACUACACCAUCUUCCCCGAGACCAAGGCCGCAGAAGCUUCUUUCGCCACCUACGCAUCCUCGCUCUUCUUCCCCCUCCUCGAAUCCGGUCGCCUCUCCGGCUACGCCCUCGGCUCCGAAAGCGCCUACCCCGCCUGGUCCAUCCCCGCUGCCCCCGGCGACAGGAUCGACGCGCUCGUCCCCCUCUCCCGCGGCCCCAUCGCGAGCCUCGGCAAGGUCGUUGCGGAUCGCAAGACGCUGUACAAGUACCUCAACCCGCGCCUCGUCGGCGUGCUCACUUCGGGCGCGUUAGGCUGCGGCGUGUCGGUCGUCGACGCUGCGAAGGGCACGGUGCUGUACCAUGCGCGCGUGCCGGCGGUGCGCGGGGUGUGCGAUGUGCAUGCGUCGCUGUCGGAGCAUUGGCUGGUCUAUUCGUACUAUGAGGGCGAGGCAACGGGCGGGGGUGUUACGGGACACCGGGUGGCGACGGUCGAGUUCUACGAGGGUCAUGCGCCGGAUGAGAAGACCGGAAGUGCUGAGCUCUCCGCGUUCGACCUGGGGCUGCUUAACUACACGACGUACGAGCAGACGUACGCGUACCCGCAACCUAUCACCGCGCUCGCAACGACGCGGACGAAGCAUGGAAUCACGAUGAAGGACCUCAUUGUCGCUCGCGCGGACGGCAAGAUACACUCUUUACAACGUCGACUACUCGACCCGCGUCGGCCGAAGCACAAGCCCACCGCGCAAGAUGCCGAGGAACUGCUCAUCCAGUAUGAGCCUAUCCUGCCCGACGACCCGAAGAGGAUCUUGUCGCACAAAUAUGAGAUCACGAACACCGCGAAGAUCAUCACCAGUCCCGCUUUGCUCGAGUCGACGUCGCUCGUGUAUGCGUACGGCCUCGACAUGUUCCUGACGCGGGUAUCGCCAUCGGGCACGUUCGACGUGUUGAGCGAAGGGUUCAACAAGAUCCAGUUGGUGUUGACGAUUUCGGCGUUGGCGAUAGGAUUGGUCGUGACUCGACCGAUGGUGAGGAGAAAGAAGUUGCGGGAGAGGUGGUACUCGUAGGGAUAUGCCUAAUCGCCGAGUGCUAGAUGGCUCAAAAUGAUGAAACAUCGCAAGACCUGUAUCGAUAUGACAUUCGGUGCACGUCCCACUGACAACGUUGCUGCAUAGAUAGGUCCUGGUGGAUGGCAUCUGACGCAGAUUGGCUGCCGUGACCUUGAAUGUGGCCCUUGAAUGUAAUGGAGGCAUGGAGGCGUCCGUCAACUUUUGCCCUUCAACUGCGAUUUCCAGCGUUCACGUCAGGCAUAAGUAUCCUUGACUUCUAGUACACUCAUGCCUGGUGUUUCUGAUAGAUGUAUUACUCUUGCCAUCGC